GUUGAAAAAGUAAUUUCAAAUUUUUUUUCCAGGGUUUUAGUUUGUAGGAGGAAAAGAAAACGAGGGGUUUUGGUUAUGACUUUUGCCAUUCCAUUUCACAGUUGAAUUGAACUUGAAAGAUGAUGAAUAAAUUCAAAAACUUAGUGCUUCCAUUGACGAACCUUCAAAUCCAACACCGUGGCAUAGCAAAAGUCCGUCUAAAAUGGGUGAAAAACCGAAGCAUCGAUCACAUCAUCGACAAAGAAACCGAUCUCAAAGCCGCAUCACUUCUCAAAGACGCAAUCAAGCGUUCCUCCACCGGUUUCCUCACCGCCAAAACCUUCGCCGACUGGCAAAAGCUUCUCGGCCUAACCGUCCCCGUCCUCCGUUUCAUGCGCAGGUAUCCAACUCUCUUCCACGAGUUCCCUCACCCUCGCUGGAACUCUCUUCCUUGUUUCCGUUUAACCGAAACCGCUGAGCUUUUAGAUUCUCAAGAACAGAAGAUUUACACUCUUCACGAAAACGACACCGUUGAGAGACUCUCUAGGUUACUCAUGAUGACGAAAACUCGUACUGUUCCUUUACAGUCUCUUUAUCCGCUUAAAUUUGAUUUAGGUUUACCUGAUUCGUUUGAGAAAACGCUAAUUCCGAAAUAUCCGGAAAAUUUUCAGUUUGUUAAGGCGACUAAUGGUGUUUCGGCUGUUCGUCUUGCGCGGUGGUGCGAUGAGUUUGCGGUUUCGGCUUUGCAGAAGAGCAAUGAGUGUGAGAGUGAUCAGUAUAGGGAGUUUAAGAGAGGGAAAACGGCGUUGGUUUUUCCGAUGAGGUUUCCGAGGGGUUAUGGUGGGCAGAAGAAAGUUAGGUUUUGGAUGGAUGAGUUUCAGAAAUUGCCUUAUAUUUCGCCUUAUGCGGAUUCGUCUAAGAUUGAUCCUAAGAGUGAUUUGAUGGAGAAGCGCGUUGUUGGGGUUUUGCAUGAGAUUUUGAGUUUGUGUUUGCAUAAGAAGACUAAGAGGAACUACUUGAGAAGUUUGAGGGAGGAGUUGAAUCUUCCUCAUAAGUUUACGAGGAUUUUUACGAGAUAUCCGGGGAUAUUUUAUCUUUCGUUGAAGUGUAAAACAACCACUGUUACCCUUAGAGAAGGGUAUGCGAGGGGAAAAUUGGUGGAUCCGCAUCCACUUGCUCGACAUAGAGAUAAGUUUUACCAUGUGAUGAGGACGGGGCUUCUUUAUCGUGGUGAUGGAUCCUUGAAAGCUGGAGAAGAUGCUUUGAUGGUUGAUUCUAUGGAGAAUGGUGAAAUGGAAGAUGGGGAUUCUGAGGAGGAAGAGGUUGAAACAAGCGAUGAAUUCUGCGAGGAUGAAGUUUCAGACUCGGAUGAUAGUAGUAGUGAGUGAAAUUUGGUUUUCAAUGAUGCGGAAUUGUAAUUUGUAUUGAUGAGACAAGCAAUAAUAGGAUGACUCUACUUUGAAGAAAUGACUUUCUCUCUACACACCUGGCUGGCAAGUCAUAUCUUGGAAAUAGGUAGAGAUUUAUUCCCUAACGCGCAUACAUGGUUUUCCUUCCUUAUUUGGGCAUGAUGUCCAAUGAAAAUGGUAUGCAUUUGUAUGGAUGGCUUUAGUUUAUGUUUUUCGAGGCCGGCUUGUUGAAAGUUUUUGUAAUUUUAUGUUGCAUUUAACUGAUAUGUUGAGAUUAGAAUAUUGUUUCAUUUUUUGUUCACACAACAUUGCCCUUUAAGCUGGGCUGGUGUAGAGGCUGUGAAAUAAAUCCCAAAUAUUAGAAAGAAAUAAUUUAUACUACCAAAGUUACAAAAGUGCAGUGGUAUUUUCUUUAUCAAUAAAAACUUCUCAUUUUGCAUUGUUAACACCAGUCAUAGGCUUGAUUCUUAUCAUUUUUUAAAACUGACUUUUGUAUUAAUAUAACUUGAAACCAACAUUUUUUUUUGUGUAAGGAUUUGUUUGACUAAUUUAAAGUGGAAUUUACUUAGAAAGGAAAAAGAGAUGCAGCUACUGCUCCAUUUUUUUUAAGAAGCAAAAUGAUAUAUUAAAGAAUCUAAUCUAAGCACAACAAGGGCAAAGGACAGAACAAAAACGUUACAAAAGAGACCCCAACGAAAGGCAUUACCCUAAUUACAACAGCCCCAAAACCAAACUAAGAACUCCCACAAAUGAAACAGUUAGAAACAGGGAGCCUCUGCACAAUACAACCACCCCAAGUCCUACCAACAUAUAUCUUGGAACUGCUAGAUUCCAGCAAAAACCAGAACCUCAUUAUACUCGGUUUAUCAUCCUGCACCGGCACCACUAAACUAGAAAUGAAUGAUGAUUUAAAUUUUGACUGGAAUUUACCAAACACCCAACACUGAUAUUGAAUCAACCGAUCACGACAUCCAUGAUUCACUGUGAAAUGAUACAUCCGGCUUGAUAAUGACAAUAACGAUUCACAGCAAAAUGAUACAUUUGAUGGCUUGAUCCACUGAUGCCAAACCAGAAAAGAAUACUGCAAGAUACUUUCCACUACAUUAGGACACAGAAAUAGCUCCAUUUUAAAUGAGCCAAGUUGCACCACCUGUACCAGACCAAAAAUAUCAACUGAAACAGAACAUUCACUUCAUACUAAAUAUUAUUUGCUCAAAUUCACUUCACAAUAAACACUAUUUGGUCAAUUAGAACAUAAGCCUCCUCCCAACGCCACAAUGGACUGACUAACUUCGACGAAUAACCAGACCAGCAC